GCACUGCAGGAGUUUUUUUCCUGAAUAUAAUCCUGUCCUGGGAAGCGUCAUCUGUUUGUAGUUCGUUGUUCUUCAGCUUCACCUCAAGUUAGUUCAAUUCCUUGCACAAGGCUGGUGCGCUGUUGAGCUGAAUUUUUUCUGUGUAUCACCGUAUACUAUGACAGAACCUCCCGAGAUAGAUUUCGAUCGUGCUUACCUUCUUCGGCUUCUGAGCAUGGGAUAUGUUUGAAUAUUUAUUUGAAGUGGAAGUGAACAUUUGGCUUUGGUCCUGGAGUCUGGAUUUGGCGAUCCUGUGGACGAUAUACCUUAUAUACUCGAGUAGAGAUGGACUUCAAGAUUCUUAUGGCCCAAGCGGCCAAGAACACCUCUUCGUCAAUAAGAAAGGCGGAUGAUCACCGGCAACGAGCCACCACCAAGUCCGCCAGCACACCCUCGUCUGCCAAGCUAUCAGCUGAAAGUCGGCAAUCUGCUGUGCAGGCUCAAAUUGCUAAAGCAAGUGCUGCUCAGACUACCUCGAAAAGAAUAUUUGAUGAUGCUUCGGCAAGGAACCCAUUCUCAAUGCCGGACUCUCCACCCAGUGAUAGUAGAGCACACAAGUCCAAGUCCUCUGAGCUAAAUUCAACAACAGAGGCGGCUACACCCGCAGUCAAAAUCGCUGCCGACCCAGGCGAAGAAUUGUUCCGGAGUGUGGCUGAGCGCAAAGCCAGCAAUGUCAGCUCUGUAGCUGCAGAUCUGUUGCGCCAGAAGAAAGCCAAGGCCAUCGCGGAGCUGAAAGCCGCAAAGGAUCGUCCGGAGCCGAAAGCCGCAAAGGAGCGCUCGGAGCCACGGCCGAAGAAUGCAUCCUCGCCUAACCCCGAGGAGCGCCGUGGCAAGACAUCACACACGAAAAUGGCAGGCCAAGAUGUUUCUCGAAAGAAGAAAGCCAAGUCAGCCCAUCCAUCAGAUUCUCAUCACUUGCAUGUGCCUGCAGUGACAAGAGCCGUUCCAGCACCUACAACAACUGUAUCUGGACAUAAGCAUGCUGUCUCUAACUCUAGCUGCGUCCCUGCAAAAGUGAAGCGCUCUGCGCCGAAAUUCAAAUCAAAGCCUGUCUCCUACUCGAGUCUUCUAACAGCUGCGCAGGCGAAUGCUUCGAAACCGGACGCGUCCACGGUUGGUGCAUCUCAAAAGCAUAUUCCUGAUCACAAACGGCCACCGUCUGAUGAUGACGAGCCAGCCGGGCGGUUUCUGCUGGAUGGACCAAAGCGUGUGAUUGUUAAAUCUGAUGUUCACAUCAAGCCUCUCCAUUCCAAUGCGCACCGUCAGGCAAAACCUACCGUGGUGAAACCUGCUCCCAACUCGGUGUCAGCCCGCUCAGCUAGCUCAUCUCAUUCAGUUAGUUCAUCACGUGCUAAGCCAGCCAUAGCACCAACACCUAAACCAGCACCGACACCUAAACCUCGCCAUGAACCGCCAGCUAGCUCAUCUCAUUCAGUUAGUUCAUCACGUGCUAAGCCAGCCAUAGCACCAACACCUAAACCAGCACCGACACCUAAACCUCGCCAUGAACCGCCAGCUAGCUCAUCUCAUUCAGUUAGUUCAUCACGUGCUAAGCCAGCCAUAGCACCAACACCUAAACCAGCGCCGACACCUAAACCUCGCCAUGAACCGCCAGCUAGAGAACUCCCUGUGUCGCGAGCUCCAUCCUCAAGUAGCAGCAAACCUGCGCCAGCCAAGCAUAAAUCCAAUGGUAAUGGCUCGCUGAGUGUCUUUGAGACGGCUCUAGCUAGCAGUCAACAGCAGCAGAAAGAGCAGCAGCGGAAAGAGCAGCAGCGGCCUGUGAAAACAGCCUCAUCGGUGCACACACCUAGGCCAUCUUCAAACGCAUCGCAGAGCUACCUGGAUUCAUACUUAGCGUCUGCCACGAGCGGCAAGGCAGCUGCUGCCAGUAACAAACCCAAAAUCCAGCAGAGUCGCAUGGAUGCAUACUACAGCACCUCCAACAAACCCAGUGCAAAGGACGUCAAGACAUCGUCAAAUGCCGUAGCACACUCUGGAAAAUUGCAGUCGAGUUCAUCAAAAAAAUUAUCUCCAAAUGGUGCUGAGAAGCGACCGAAAUCUGGUGAAGACAGUGCUCCAUCGAAGAAGAAGCCGAAGAAGAAGUGGGGUCCCAUUUGGAUGCAGGAUGAAGAGUUUAGCGAUGAAGACGAUCCCGAGUCCGAAUCAGUGGAUGUGUCCAAGUACAUUCGGAAACUCUACGGCUAUGAUCGGCGAAAGUUUGCUGAUGAAGACCCGCAAGACCUUCCCAUGGAGUCCUCUUGGUCUCAUAUUCAAAAGGAGGAAAGGAUGAGUGCUCGUAUUGGAAAACAAGAAGAUUUGGAGCAAGAACGCCUGGAAGAGGAGGAGCGGAGGCGCGCUGAAGCACGGCGCAAGCGGAGGUGUAUCGACGAUGACGACGAUGACUAACUGCAGGUGCUAUGUUUGGAAAGACGCGCCUGUGCCUGUCUUGCUUUUGUACUUAUAUACCUCGACCAAGCGAAGCACUCGGAUCAGGCCAGCUUGCUACAUCAGCGUCAUCCUAUGUCCCCGCUGAUGUUCAGUCCAACUUGCUGCGUUAGCACCACCCUGUGUGUCCGCUGAGGCUUAGCAUGAUUCAACUGAUCAAUUAGACCUGGCUACUAACCCAAGGCACAUCCUAGCUCAUCACGUUAUAAUGUGAGGCUGUGCUGCAACUCACCUUUGAUUUUUCACACAGGUGAGUACUGUUGGCUUUCCUGCCUUUUUCUGCCCUAUAUAGCUUCAUUGGUUAGCCUUUACCGUUUUUAGUGGUUUUAAUACCUCAACGCUGCUCAUGGUAGUGGUUACUAUAUCCCAGAACCGCGUAUACUUAAUUGUUAGUGGUAUCGUAUCCCAAUGCCGCUUAUUGUAGUGGUUUUAAUAUCCCAGAGCCGCUUUUUAUUCACAUGCAUUUGCACUGUCAGCCUUAUCAAUGAGCUCACGAGUUAUUUUUAAUGUGGGGCUGGAUGUGUCUCUUCUAACUUGAGAUCUUGCAAAGUGCUGCUGUCGGCAUGCCCAGGGCAUUAUUAUUUAUAUUUGAAAUUUUAAUUUUAUCCCCAGCAGAGGAGGGAAUGGAACAAGAGAAAAAACUUCAAAAAAGUGGGAACUGCAGAAUGCUGUUUGCAAAGAACCAGAAAUUUUUUAACUUUUUCUUAGUCUAGUUGUAUUUCUGUCUCGUAGAAAAUUAUUUAUCCUCACCGCUUCUAUUUCCAAGCGCACACAGUUCAAUACGACGUACCACAAGCCAGCACACACAGCCCAACGUUUUGCGUUAUUUUUUACUGCUUUUGUGCUUUCCUACUUCUAAACUACAAGUUCCUGGUACGCCAGGUUUUGAUUUGCAUCGUGCCGCAGUUUUUCAACAUUGCAGGCCAGUGCUUUGCACCAUAAUUAAUUAUGUGGUGCGUGGCGACCAUUAUCCCA